CCGGCGGGGGCCCCUCGCGCUGGCCGGCGCCCGCUGCGCGCCCCGCCCGGUGACACGCCGCGGGGGGCCGCGAGCCGCCGCCGCAUCCCCCCGGCCCGGCAGGCGGCUGGGGGCUCUGGCUGCCGCACGCUCUCCGUAGCAGCGCGGGCACAGAGCGGGACUCUCCGCCCCGGCGGGGGGCUGCUUCGAGCCGCGCCAGCCCUGCGCUGACCCCCGAGGCCGGGCUGUGGCGGGAUGCGCAGGAGCCGCCCGCGCCUGUGAGUCCAAGUUCGGGGGGGCUUCAUCGGUAGCUCCUUGGGGCCACCUGCAGUGCCGCUGGCCGGUGGAUGGACUGUCGGGGGGCUGCCUUGCUGCGAGUCCGCGGCCCCUUGCUGCGUGCGGGGGAAUCGACCCCCGCGCUGUGCUGUCGGAGGCGCCUGGGCCUGUGAAGACACUUUACAGCUCCCUCUGUGCUCGUGCCACUUCGGAUGAAGAUGAUGCUCGCGAAGUGGACUUCCCAGUAUUGGAACCGUCUCUCUUCCUUGCCAGUCUUGGUCCUGGUUAACUGUUGUGUCUUGCUGGCUAGCGCGGAUAAUGCCAGUCAGGCAUAUUACACAGCCCUCAUCAAUGUGACUGUAUUGAACCCCGACCGAGUCAGCCCCACGUUACUAAGGAUCGAUCGUGGACGCUACGGGCAGGAUUCCCCCAAAGUGGAGGUCAAAGGCCUGCUGCUGGCACCAGUGCCUAUCAACGGAGUUACAGGAUGGUUGAAGUCACUAAGCUUGCAUCCUGUGGUGGAUCGUCUGGGCUGUGAUCCUCGAACACGUUUCCAUGUUCCUCCGAAUACCAAGCAGUGGAUUGCCUUGCUGCAACGAGGAAACUGUACAUUUAGAGAGAAAAUAUUGCGAGCAGCUUCACAUAAUGCCACAGCUGUGGUCAUUUACAACAAUAUAUCCAGUGAGGAACCUGUCACUAUGACUCAUCAAGGAACUGGAGACAUUGUUGCUGUCAUGAUUACAGAGUCCAAGGUAAAGGAGAUCCUCAAUUACUUGGAAAAGAACAUCUCUGUCCUGAUGGCAAUAGCAGUUGGAGCCAGAGUUCCUCCAAAGAAUUUUAGUCGUGGCUCUCUAGUCUUUGUGUCAAUAUCAUUCAUCGUUUUGAUGAUAAUUUCAUCAGCAUGGUUAAUAUUUUACUUCAUCCAGAAGAUCAGGUACACAAAUGCACGUGACAGGAACCAGCGUCGUCUUGGAGAUGCUGCAAAGAAAGCCAUCAGCAAAUUGACAACCAGGACAGUAAAAAAGGGUGAUAAGGAAACAGACCCAGACUUUGAUCAUUGUGCUGUCUGUAUCGAGUGUUACAAGCAGAACGAUGUUGUCCGCAUUCUGCCAUGCAAGCACGUUUUCCACAAAGCCUGUGUGGAUCCUUGGCUUAGCGAACACUGUACCUGUCCUAUGUGUAAAUUGAACAUUUUGAAGGCUCUGGGAAUUGUACCAAGUGUGCCAUGUACAGAUAACGUAGCCUUUGAUAUGGAAAGGCUCACCAGAGGCCAGCCAGCCAAUAGACGAUCAGCACUUGGUGACUUUGCCAAUGACAACUCACUCAGCCUGGAGCCCCUACGUACUUCUGGGAUGUCACAGCUUCCACAGGACGGGGAAAUAACUCCAAGGACAGGGGAGAUCAACAUUGCUGUAACAAGUGGUCACUUCUUUCAUCGCAAUUCUUUGUCUCCUCGGAGCCUGGUCUAUGAAAGUGAAUUCUCAACAAUCCAACCUGCCUUGGACAUGUACGAUGAGAACAAAACCUGAAAGGAAUGUGUGUUGUGGUGUUGGUUUCUUCCUUUUUUUUUUGUUUCUCAUUCCUGUUGUUGUGUACUCCUUCCAUGGGUGUCCUUUUGUCUAAAGAAGAACUGCUUUUCCCAGAAUACAAACCUGGCUUCCAAGUGACGAAGAUGAAGCUCAACUAUGGUUGUCUCCAAGGCCAUCAUCUCUGGGACAACAAUGUGCAUACACAAAAUGGGCUGCUGUUAAUUGCAGAAUUGGAGUGCAAGUUAGGUUUGUCAAUCCAGCCAAGUCUGUACAAAAAAGGGCUUGCCCUGAUCCAGAGUACUUUUAUAUUGAAAAGGUGUGUCUUAAAUAAGCACAUGAUCUUUCCAUUGUUUUAAUCAUGCACAUGUUUGCUGGACUAUCAGACAAGAUACCUGAUGGUAGAGGCGAUUCCAAGUUCCAAUGAUGUAAAGGAACACCAUUUUUUUUCUGUCUCCCCAUGAGUUUAUUGUGAUAUGUCCCCUUUCUGAGGGGAACCUGUAGAAAUGCAUUGACUUUCCUAUUGCCCAUUUAACUCUGGGUAAUGGCAAAACAGGUUGGCAUUAGAGCUACAGACAGGAGCUGUGUCUGGAGUAUCCAUGAAAGGUUUCAAGUAACCCAAUACUUCAAUUUUUCAGUUUCCACUGAAGUUGGACAAAGGUUUCCUAUACAGAAUGCAACUUCAGCCAUUCCUAGCCCUCCUGCCAAGUGAAUCUCUUGACAACAGGGAUGCUGCUGAUGUUCAUGGGCCCACCAUUUGAUCUUCUUGAGAAAUGUGCAGGUAUCUAGAUAGCUAUCUUCUUUUGAUUUUUAAAAAAAUCCACCAGUUUUUUUUACCGAGAUUUUUGAGAAGCCAACAUGUUGGUAUUGUACACAGAACAAAAUGUAAAUUUCCUAUCCUGUUCUCCCAAUGAGACCUGCAACAGUUAAGUAACAAACACUUUCUCAGUUCUGUGCCCUUUCCUGCUGCCAUCAGUAAUGUGAAUGCAGAAAGCAGAAGAAUUAAGGAAAGCACCCACGCUUUGACACUUGGAGGAAAAUCAGGUUUUUGUGACAAAAAGUGGCCACAAAAUGAAUAUUGUCCUAAAGCUUCUAAAAGGGUAAUGCUGAAAUAGAAAACAAGAUUUUUUUAUUUUUUUUAAGGACUCAAUGGUGUUCCUUUAAAAAGCAGCUCUGGAGAGUAAGUCAGUGUGUCUAAUGCACCUUUUCCUACUGAAUGCUGUGUAAUUGUUUAAGUUUAACAAAUGUCAAUAUUUUCUCCAUUGCAGUCUGAGUAACUGUAGAUGUAGAAAUGCAUUUGUGUCCUUUUGUAAUGUGAACAAAAUCUUCACUCUAUAUAGAAAUCGUGAUUUAGAACAAAUGGCAAACUGAAAAGAAACAUAAGAAAUGUCCUGCUAACUUUGAAUCUAAACAGCGUCUGCUGUAGAUGGGGAAACUUGCCUUCUUUUUAUAAAGCAAUCAGUCGUCUUGGCAUGUACUCUGACUUGAAGUGUGUGCAGCCGCGACAUUAACGCAGAUGUUAAAAACAAAAAAGAACUCUAAAGUGAGGAAGUGAGCUUCUAGCAGAGCAAACUUUGGCUGUUGCUGAAUCGUAUUUAAUCUGAUAAUUCUAGACUGGGUGGUGCAGAGUUUAAAGUGUUUUACCUUUUACAGCACUUUGUUUAUAUUUGACAAAUUUUACUGUAGUCAGCUAACUUUAGAAACAUUUUUAAAAAACUUUUUAAGAAGCACAGUUUUAACACACACACAGCAUUGAGGAUAUGAAACUGAAGGUUGGUGGACAAUGUCAGCACUGUUACUCAAGUAAAAGAGGCCCAAAAUCAGCAUUUGUUCCUCUUUUCAAUCUGAGAAGUAGAGCAGAUAUUUAGUGUGUGAACAGUCCUGAAGCUGAUCACCCAAGCCCCAAACUCCCUGAACUAAGGGUAUGUCUACACUGCCCCCCAGAUCAGUGGGUAGCGAUCGAUCCAGCAGGGGUCAAUUUAUCGCGUCUAGUUCUGUCACGAUAAAUCGACCCCCGAACGCUCUCCCAUUGACUCCUG